AAUAUUUAGAUGAAAUACCCCGUAACAGAGACCCGAAAUUUGCGCAUAUUUUUUCAUUGUCAUGAAUUGAAUCAGCGGGGUACAUUGCUCUUUUCUCGCCUCUGAUUGGUUAAGGAACAAAGCCAACAAUUAAUUCUGGCCUGAUUGACAGGGAGGCACUAGGAAACGACGCCGAACGAAGCGAACUACGAAUGCUAAGAUGGCUGCGGCGUUAAAGCCAUACCAAAGUGCUUUGCUUGAAAAUCGAGACCUUAUUCUGAGAGACGUUCGAACUAACGAAGUUUGUCCGCUGUUGUAUGUGAGUGGUGUGCUGACUCAGAAAGAAAUCGAUGGAAUAAACAUUGGGCGGACCCCUCAAGAACGUACGGAAAGCUUGCUUGACUUACUCCAUUACAAGGGUCCGACUGGAUUUCAAGAGUUGUGUGUGGCAUUAGAAGACUCGCAUCCCCACUUGGCAGCCAAGUUAAGGGCCAAGAAUCCACAAAUCGAGGUUUUAGAGGGCAAACCAAGGGACGCCUAUCCAAGAUAUUCUAAUCCUCAGAGAGUUAGAGAUUUUGAGCAGAGAGAAAAUAAUAAUAACGAAUUUUAUCACGGUAAACGCGAGUAUUACACACCCGAAAGAAACUUCAGUCAAGAAGAACAGCCGCGAAAAGAGAUGAGGGGAGAAGAGCAAUUGCAAAGAGGGAGAGAUUAUUCUUACGACAGGGGAAGAGAAGUUUCUCAAUAUAUCACAGAAAAGUACAACGAAGGACGAAACUACGUGGAGAAUGACGCUGGAAGUGAACGGAACUAUCGAAAGUCAGUCGGCGAUGCAAGCCCUUCAGAGCAGUAUGUAUGGGAAAGGCAAACAAUAGUUUUGGAAAAGGCAAAUUCAAAUCAGGGGUUUGGAAUUGCAGUGUCUGGUGGAAAAGACAACCCCCACUUCAAGAGUGGAGACACAUCCAUUGUUGUUUCUGAUAUUGUCCCUGAUAGCCCUGCUGAUGGUCUGCUAAAGGUUAAUGACAUCAUAACACAAGUUAAUGAUAUAAAUGUUGAGAAUGUUUUGCAUUCAACGGCUGUGCAAGCCUUGAAGGACAGUGGCAACUCAGCGCGACUAGCCAUUAAACGACAAAAGCUUGCUCCUGUGAUGACUACUCCCAGAGAAGGAAGUAAGGUUCCACAAACUGUCACACUCGUAAGGGAACAGCAAAAUAAAGGUUAUGGAUUUUCACUUGGGGGAUCCAUGUUCAUCAAAGAAAUUGACAAGAAUGGUAUGGUUGCUAGGCAAGGUGAACUUAAGUCUGGAGACAUCAUCCUGAAGAUAAAUGACCGUAAAUCUGAAGAGAUGAGUUUGCGGGAGGCCAUUGAUAUGGUCCGUCGUUCCAACAAACUGGACCUGUUGGUACUGAAGGAUGACCAGUUACCACCAAGUUACAGCACACACUCUUUGCCAGCAGCAUUUAGACACAAAACUCGAGACAGAGAUCAUGACCUGCCAAAUGGCUAUAAUGAAGAGCCAGAAUUGCCUCCAAGGCACUAUAGUGAGGAUGAUCUCCCAGAGCGACCCCCACCUCCUUUGGAUAAAGACAACCUGCUGUUUUCAGGAUCAAGCUGGAAGAGGCCAGAUACUGGUGAACGAGUCUCGGGGAUAGGUUAUGACAAAGAGGAGGUCUUCAGGGCUGUAGAGAGUUCACAACAGGAAUCAGAACCACAUUUUCCAAAACCUGCUGAAGUGUCAUACACACCAGAUGGUUUAAGUUCUUGGGGAAGGAAUGAAUCUGUGAAUGCGUCAAGAUCAAGUGUCAAUUAUGUUGAGUCUACCUCAAGUUCGCCUCGCAGUGAUCGUAAGGAUGGAGCACAGGACUCUGUAGACCGCAGGAGAUAUAGAGGGGAUGCGCGACUUGUGGCAUUCCGUAAGAGUGGCAGUCUUGGUAUCCAAGUAUCAGGUGGAAAUAAAACUGGUAUUUUUGUUGCUGCUGUGAAGGAAGGAAGCCCAGCUUACAAUGAAGGAUUAAGGAAGGGUGAUCAAGUAUUAAUGGCCAAUGACAUAGAUUUCAAGGACAUCACAAGAGAAGAGGCUGUUUUGAUUUUGUUGUCUCUUGGAGAUGAAGUGAACCUUCUGUGCAAGUAUAGAAGACAAACUUUUGACAAGAUCAGCAAAGAAUCUGGAGAUUCAUUUUACAUCAAAGUUCACUUUGACUAUGAGCAGAUGAAGGAACAGGAGUUCUCUUUCCAAAGGGAGGAUGUGUUCCACAUAUGGGAUACCAUGCAUGAUGGGGUGAUUGGAGCAUGGCGUGCACAGGUUGUAACAAAGACUGGUCUGGAAACUGAGAUUGGAAUUCUUCCCAAUAAAUCCAGAGCUGAGCAGCUGGCUCAAGUUCAACAAAAAGUCGAACAAAUGACUCCGAGGAAGGGUGAUAAUUAUGGCAGCUUGAAGAGGAGCAACUCUAGAGGUGGCACACUAAAGAAAUACAAGUUUGUGUCUUCUGAUCAUCUGGAUGAGGAAUCAUUCACGACCACUGCACUGGAAAACAAACUGCCAGCAUAUGAACGUGUUGCUCUCAGAAAACCUGGUUUUGUCAGGCCAGUGGUGUUACUUGGGCCGAUUGCCGACAUUACAAGAGACAAGCUUCUUCAAGACAUGCCAGAUGUAUUUGCCAUUCCAACUGCCUUCCGUGGUCUACAGCCAGCAGGCAGAAGCCCCAUGCGUUCAUCCCGACGUUCAUUGAGUUACGUUACUAUCAAGGCUGUAAUUGACAGCGGCAAGCAUUGUCUUUUGGACAUUACUCCCGAAGAAGUGGAAAGGCUAAACUUCGCUCAGUUGUAUCCCAUUGUGAUCUUUCUGAGACCACCCAACAAACAAAUGGUCAAGGAAAUGAGAAGCCAACAUGGCGUGGGAGAUCAGUCUGCAAAAAUGAUUAAGAAACUACACGAUAACUCACUGAAACUGGAGCAGUUUUAUAGCAACAUGUUUACAGCUGUUAUUCCAGCGGGUUCCAUGGACAACUGGUAUUCACGAGUCAAAGAGGAAAUCACAAAACAGCAAGAAGAUCCAGUUUGGAUGUCAGAAGACAAGUUCGAUGAACAGGAAGAGAUCGAAUUCCGCAUGCCCAGCCGCUUCUCACAGUCCUACGAUUAUGAUUCCACGUUAGACUCACCAACUGUCCGCUCGUCCGUCUCGACCCAGCCUGUCGAUGAAGACAUCAUGCAUGCUGAACCCUCCAUGGAGGUCAAUUCCGAGCCACCUCGGGUCCGUCCUGCAUACUCUGAUCCGCACCUUCGGUAUGAGGAUCCUGAUUAUCAAGAAGAUUUCCAUCCAAGGCAACGCUAUGUGGAGGAUGACUUCCGUAAUGGCACGCAUGGUUUUAACGAAGACACUUUGGAGAGACAAAGACCAGGUUAUAAGAGGCCUUCUGGAAACGUCGUGAAGUUACUUCCUUCUCGUGAGAACCCAGUUGAGCUAAGACAGUCACUCAAGAAGACCCGAAUGCCCGAUGGCUUCGAUCGGUCCGAAGCGGACGCCGAAGAAUUGCGAAUGAAGCGUGAAAGUCUUCGUAAAGUCGAAGGUGAUUCCGACCUUCUCAAAGAGUACGACGCACGCGUAGGAGUCCCGGUGUCUAAGCUCUGGGCAAUUGAUAACGAGUCGAGUCAGCGUCGAGAGCAAAUCGAUCGCAUCCGAGAACCACCGAUCGAAGUACAGGAGAAAAAGAAAGAAGUGGAGGCAGAUCUUGAAAAGCGUUUGGAAGAUUUAGAGUCAGCCUUAAUACCUCAGCGACGGCGCUCUGUCGAGGAACGCAAACCUCGUCCAUUCUCGGAGUCGUACGACAGAAAACCUCGUAACCUUGUGGUGGAUUAUUCAAAUCCAGAUAAGAAGGAGACAGCACAUUCUAGCUAUUAUCCAACGCGUUCUUACCCCACCGUUACGCGUUUUGAUCGCGAUAAACCUGCGGAGUCUGAAAUCCGCGCGAACGUCUCGAAUUAUCGAGUGGAAAGUGCACCGCAGACUGAGUUCCCUAUGAAUUCUGAGAACAGAACGGGAAGUCUAUCUCGAGAACCUCGUUACAGAGCCGAAGUGACGAUUCCGACCCGAACGGCGCCCAAGUUUGACGCGGGGAGACCCGAACGCCCCCGAUCGGCGUAUUCAGCUUACGCUCCUAAACCUUUCAAUGCCGGGAACAAUGACAGGCCUUCUUCGGGUGAUCGGCCUUUUUCUCGUGACCCACCCACAAGCAGACCCUCGGAUGGGCCUCGCAUAGGAGACCCUGUGACGUACAAUUUUCGCCUCUCGGGAUCUCCUCGUUUUUCCCGACCAGAGCGCGAGCCAGACCCGAGACCGACGACGUACAGAACAGAGUACAGGCACAAGGUCACGUCAGACCUUGACAACAUGGAUCACGAAGGACAGAACGUUGUGACAAGUGAUUUUGAAUCCCUGGAUGAAGACACACAAGUCGUUGCUACUGCUAGGGGCAAGUUCACUUCUCAGGGGGGUGUCCUAUCUUCCCCGGAGUCCGGGGUUAGCAUUGUCAUACCUGAAGGUGCUAUCCCACCGGGUGUGGAACAGGAAAUCUACUUCAAAGUCUGUAAAGACAACAACUUUAUGCCUCCAUUAGAUUCUGAUCGAGGAGAAACUCUUCUGAGUCCAUUAGUGAUGUGUGGCCCUCAUGGCACUCAGUUCCUCAAACCUGUGGAGCUCCGUCUGCCGCACUGUGCCUCCAUGACCCCUGAUGGAUGGUCAUUUGCCCUCAAGUCCAGUGACACGCCCACAGGUCAGCCAUCUGAAUGGAAGAACGUUUCUCUUCAAGGUCGGGAUUCCCGAGGAGACCAGUGCCAAGUAGAUUCCAACUCGGUUUCAGUCCUUGUGGAUCAUUUCUCAGCAUUUAGCCUGGUGGGCAGAUCUCGCCCUCACACGCGAGGCAAGGCUACCAAGCGCAUGUUGGCGGCAGUGUUCGCCCCUCCCCCAAGGGUGAAUGAUGACUGGGCUUUGAAUGUGGUAUUGCUAGAUGACACGGAAGCAGCGUUUAAGGAUGUAUGCAACUCUGAGGCAGAGCUUGGCCGAUUUCCAUUUUCUCCGUUCAAACCUGUUCUAGUGCACGGAGACGCUAGUGAUGUCAGAGUACAGCUGAGAGACCUCAACAACAACUGGGUGGCUCGAUCAAGCUGCAAGAAGUACAUAGAAUUCCAUGAUUCCUGGGAGGCUUAUCGUCAUGCUCCGUGUGUAGAGUUCUUGAUCCGUGACCGAAACUUCAGCCCAAGUAGCAAUGUGUGUGUGGUGGAUGUGUUCCAAGAGGGUCACGAAGGCGAAACUGCCGCUGUCAGUGUCUCUACCAGGCCUCGCAAGGUACUCCGUUAGAAAAAAAAUUGGAGGACAAAAAGUUCAGUAUCUCAUUUAAAGACGAUGUAAAGUCAAAAAAGUCUAUCUACUUGUGCCAAAUUGGACGAAUCUGACACCGUACAAGUGUCGCGCAUAAGAUAUUUUUCUAGAAAGAUGAGCAAUUUUUGGCUAAGCACGCUUAGUGAGAUACUACACAACACCCACCAAAUGCAUCGGGGUUGUCUGCCAAUCAUUUAUCUGUCAACUGCUUUUCACUGAUUUCCUAGCUUUUAGACCUUUUGCUUUUAGAUCUUAUCCUCUUUAACAGAAAACAUCCUUAAAGGGUAACUUUUUGAAGGAGCCAAUCGUGCAAAGACGACAAUUUCUAGUAAAUUUUUUAGGUGAAUUUGCAAAUCUAUGCAGUGAUACGAUCGUCGGAAUAAAUGUAUUAAAUAGAAUUGUAGCUUGAAAUGAUUUUUUUUUAAGUUUUAACUUGGUGAGAUGAUCUCGCGCGGGAUAACUUUAAUUGAACAAUGAAAUAUUUUAAUGGAAUCGUACAUUAGAGAGUGAUUGUGUUGUAGUGUAACGAAAUCGUGUAAUUUUAGGACAAUAAUUAGUUUUUAUCGCAGUACCGAAUUUCCAGCAUUGGUCAAUUGUAUCUUUCUUACUAUGUAAUCUCAGAAACUUGCACGAGAACACGUAGUUAGGUCUUAAAGACUAAGAGUUAAGAACAACGAAACUUAUCAGGUUGUCAACCAGACCUAUAGUCUGUGAUGUCAAUUUUUAUUCUUGACGGGGAUUAUAUUAUGAACCAGGUUUUGUUAGAAUUUGAACUAAUGCGUAAACAUUUAUAUGAAGGCAAUCACGGAAACUUCACUGGUAGUUUUUAAUCUAAAAGUCCGGUUGUUAAUCAGACCACCACGCUGUAUCAAUAAACUUCGUACACUUUUA